GCCUUUCAAGACUGUUUUGCAAGCGCUGCCCCUUGAUUAUUAUUUGUAUUCCUUUUUCCAAGCAUGUUGCCUCUAAAGUGAGAUUUUCUUUGGUUUGCAGUAAUGUGAUAAUGGAUCAAUGGUCGGACUAGAUGAUAUUAGUGGUCCUUUCCAAUUGGAAUGAUUCUAUGAUUUUAAUUCACACUUCAUACUUUCUUCUGGGAUGGGGGGCUGUGAGAAGGGAAAGGUUUGGGGUGCUGAGAGCAGCCUCUUGUAUGACAUUGUCAGCCUUUUUGGGCAGCACGUGGCUGAAAGGGCUCCCACCUGGCUCACAGAUGGACAUUGGGUAGCUUCAUCUCCACUGGCCAUUCUUCAUUUUGCAGAUGACAGACUAAACAGUCUACAGCCAGGCCAUUAUCCUAAUAGUUAUAGAAUGGUGUAUGGGAACUGUUGAGUCACGGCCUGAACCACUGAUUGAGCACCUGGGGAAAGGACUGGGUCACACCCGAGAGCGCAGCUGAAGGCAAUUCAGCUGUGUGACCAGAAGGAGUGGAGCUUAGCUGCAUGUCUCUUAGACCCCAUUUAAGGGCUGACUGCCCCUAGGGAAGAAUCUUUUUCUGGAGAUCCUUCCUUGGUGAAGUUUUCUUCUGCAAACCCAGAAUCAUCUGAUACAGGCAGGUGAACUCCAGUGAGCCUCAGCAUGAGAUCCUCAGCUUUUGACAGAAGAGCAAUUUGCCACACUUCUAUCAGUGGGGGACCAAGAGCGUUUAGACCACUGUUGCAUGAUGGGUUGGGAAAACAGUGCCAGGAGCACAGCUCAGAACAAAUCCUUCUGGGAACCAGAGCUGGAGAAAUGUAAAGAAGGCCAUGACAGCUCUCGUGGUGAUCAUGGCUUUGGCGUUUUUCUUCGCCUUGUUGGCGCAGAGAAUACCAUUAGUUGGUGAUUUGGAUGUGGACACGCUCGACCGCAUGCAGCAGCGUGAGGUGUAUCUGCAAGAGCAGAUGACAAAGCUGCUGCUGGAGAUGGAAGAGAAGAACAUGGCGCUGAGCAUGGGCACUCAAGCCCUGCUUCGCUGCUUUGUUUUUUGUCUUCCCAUCCUUCUGUAUUUGUUCAUGUGGAUGAUCUGUUCAAAGUUCUAUAGAGCUGAAGACACCGGUGAUGAGAGCUCCAGCAGUGAGAAGGAGCAGGAGGAGGAGGAGGAGGAGGAGGAGGAGGAGGAGGAUGACGGUGUCUUUUCUCUCGAUGUGUUCUGGACAGUCCGAAGCCAUCAAGAGGACUGUGAACUGAUGUACUCGCUGAUGCGUGGCGUCAUGGAUAUAUGCCAAAGUAUGGUAUCAGAUACUUUCUAUCCAGUGCCAGAGCGUCUCAUCAAGGUGGGCAGUACCUUCGAAGGCUGGUGUCCCGUUAGAAACGUACCUGUCUUCAGCCUGCUUGUGCCCCUGUUGCCCCCCCGUGGGCACACUUUCCACCUGGAUCUGGGCACCACAGGGGAGGUACCAGCAACGGACUCCCGUAUCCGUGUAGAGCUGGAAUGCACGUGCGAGAGGGAGCAGGAGAUGCGCAUGCUGUGCUUCCUCCACACCCCCGCCAAAGAGCUGAAAAGUCAGCAGCCCAGCCUCCUGCACAGCCUCUGCACUACGUCCUACUUAGACGCGGAGAAGACUGCCCGCUGCUUCCAGGAGCUGAUCAAAAACGCCUGGCAACGCAUGCAAGUCUCAGAGUUCACCAUGGAGAUAGACACGGUGAAGUCCAGGCGCUCCUGCAGGCUUCAUGUGAGAGAUGUCAACAAAAGAAUCUUCUACGUUGAGUUUGUGUUUGGCGUCCAGCAGGAUGAUACGGACAUCUUUCUGAGCAGCCAUGAGAUAGUGUUUCGUCAUACCCCCAGCACGGUCUGGCCACAGAGCUGUGUUGUGGCAGAGAAAAAGUUCUUGCAGUAUGUAGCCAACCACCCCCGGGGGGGCAAAUUCUACCUCAGAUAUCUGCAACUGUGUGGCUAUCUCAUGGCGAGCCUCAAGUUUACCAUCUAUGACAUGAAGACAGUGAUCAUGCACCUCCUGAAUACCAUUCCUUUGCAAAGGUGGCACGGGAGGAAUUUCCUGCUGCGGAUGGAUGACAUCUUGAACUACCUGUGCUGCUGCGUGGAGGAGAAACGCCUGGACCACUUCAUCGUAGGAAACAACUCGUUGCCUAAGGAGAUUAUCUUGCCAAAAGAGUUCCGAGCUUCCCCACCGCUCAACAUGUUCCAGCACCUGGAGGAGGAACCGGACAAAUACGAGCGGGCGCAGCACGAUUUGGAGGAGCUGCACGAUCGGUUGACAACCACGCUGCUCUAUGGGAGAUGAGAGACGCGCACUGUC